CAUAAGCAUGCAGUCAGAGCGGAGCUGUUUAAAAGCGCUCGCGACACACCGGCAAAUCCUCGGUACUCCAGCAGCGGCAGGAAGUCUACACUUUCAUUUCAGCGCGUUCACCGCCAGCCUGGUGAUUAUAUCGCGGUAGAUUAUUAAGGACAGCUGGAAGAAACUUGUUUCUGUGCGGAGCUGUCCAAGGUGCGGGAACACUGAGGAUGGGAUUUAGGAUGAGACACCUGCGGCUGUGCACAUCUCUCAAAGGAUGAAGAGGAAGCAGGUAACUCAGGGUGUCUGACCUGCAGCCAGCAUGAGAAGUAAAUGGAAGCGACUUAGGAGUCGUCCUUGAACGCCUCUAUAGCUCUAGCAUUCCCCCAAGGACACUUGUUUACUAAAUUGCUCGAGCUUACAAUAUUUUCUAGAAUAGCCUACUUUUAAAUGCUUUACGUGCGGGUGCAAACAAUGAGUUUGCUCCGUCGCGCAGGUCAGUCUGGUUAAUGAUUUACAACCUCCAAUCCCCGCGUGCUUUGCUAAUUUGGGCUCGCGGUACGGUCGUGGAAAAUACUGCCUCGCGCUGAAAUGCCAGCAGGUGCUUAGUGCUGUUGCGCUCGCGCCGCGGAGUCUCCGGGCCGUCCUGAGCGCGCGGACCAAAUGACGCCGACUCCGCGCUUUGGCCUGCUGGCGGCGGCGUGCACCUGCGCGUGGCUGCUGGUGCACGGCUGUGGGCCCGGUCCGGGAUACGGCGUUCGCUCAAGGCCGCGCAGGCUCACACCGCUGGUCUACAAGCAGCACGUGCCCAACGUCUCCGAAAACAACCUGGGCGCGAGCGGCCGGGCCGAAGGAAAGAUAACGCGCCACUCGGAGCGCUUCAACGAGCUAGUGUGCAACUACAACCCUGACAUUGACUUCAAAGACGAGGAGCGCACUAAAGCGGACCGGUUCAUGACCAAGCGCUGUAAGGAUUGCCUAAAUAAACUGGCCAUUGCAGUUAUGAACCAAUGGCCAGGUGUUCGACUACGUGUGACCGAGGCCUGGGACGAGGACGAUAAUCAUCCAUCUGGCUCUCUGCAUUAUGAGGGCCGUGCCGUGGACAUAACCACCUCAGACAGGGACAUAAAAAAGUAUGGCAUCCUUGCUCAGUUGGCCGUCGAGGCUGGGUUUGACUGGGUGUACUAUGAGUCCAAGUAUCACGUGCACUGUUCAGUCAAAGCUGAUCACUCUGUUGCGGUGGAGAAAGGAGGCUGUUUCUCAGCUUCAGCACUCGUGACUGUGGCUGAAGGAGUGCAAAAGCCUAUGUCUCAACUGCAGCCUGGAGACUCAGUGCUUGCUUUGUCUGAAUCUGGUGGCAUAAUCUUCAGCCCUGUCCUCCUGUUCCUACAUUUGGACGCGGAGCACAGGUCCACUUUCUUGAUUCUCAGCACAGAAAAUGGGCACAGACUCACAAUUACACCCAAUCACCUCAUCUUCAUGGCUCCCAGCCUCAAGUUAUACUACUAUGAGUACUAUGCUAGCUUUGCUAGUCAAGUGACAAGGGGAGCCUAUGUACUAAUUUGGGGAAUAGAGGGUCGUGUGCAUCCUUCCAAAAUAAUUUCUGUCUCACAGGAAGAAAGAAUUGGGGUUUAUGCUCCAUUGACAGAACAUGGCAACCUGUUUGUGGAUGGUGUUCUGGCAUCCAGUUAUGCAUCUAUAGAGGAUCAGAGGCUGGCACACUGGGCAUUUGGGCCACUUCGCUUCCUGAUUGGACUGUCACAAGUAUUCAUGGCGGUGAAUCCACUAACAGUGAUGAUGCAAGGUGCUGCUGAGGUUCACACAAUCAGUCUGCCUCACCAAAUUCUUUCCAGAGGACAUUUGAAUGUGAUACAUAACAGUUCAGGUGUAGUUCACAGUGCAAUGAACAAAAUGAACAGCACAUGUUUAAAAGAACAUCAUUCUAAGCUAUAUUUUGAUUGUCUGGAGGGCACACAAGCAGGGGUUCACUGGUAUGCAAGGCUGCUAUGUACGAUUGCUCAGACUUUCUGGAUUUUGUGAUUGAAGAUCCAGGACAGGAGAUACCAAUGACAUCUUUCUGUUAGGGUCAGAAUUUUCUAACCAAAUAAAGCCUACUUAUCCCCCCAAAAAACCCAACCCCAAACAAAUACAAAUUAUAAUGAAUUGAUAUGUAAUAUAGUAUUAUUAAUUCCCUUCACUGUACAAUUGGAUAAUUUGUUGUAGUCAUUCAUAGAUUUGAAGUACACUGUAUACCAUAAUGGUUGUUAUUUGACUGUGGCACAUGUUAAUGUCAGAUUCAGAGCAAACAUUUUUAUACAGAAGAUGGAAUAUUUCUUGGGAAAAAAUGCUAUUUUUAUAUGUUUGGAUUUAUAAUAUAUAAACAUUUUCAAAUUAUAGUAAUUAA